AUGGACUUCUUUAGAUACGAUAGCAUGCGGCAACGCAACACAAAGGUCUUUUUGACAUCAGCUCUUCUCUUGACCACAACCACAACCACAUCCGCAUUUGAUUGCACUCCGCCCGGCUUCGAGGCGCAUCUACCGUCCAAUGCUCGGAUUGCUUAUACUCGAGACCUGCCUAGCAACUCGACUUUCCAUGUGCCUACUGGCGACAUUGCCUACCCGACUUCUCCACAAGGCCUCCCAGCCCUCUGCGCCGUCCAGGUGAAUGUCACUUCCUCGCCCAGCUCUGCGUUCAGCUUCGGCCUCUUCCUACCACAAGACUGGAACGACCGAUUCCUCGCUGUCGGCAAUGGAGGCUUUGCGGGUGGUAUCAACUGGCUCGACAUGGCUGCUGGCGUUCAAUACGGCUUCGCGUCCAUGAGUACCGACACUGGCCACAACAGCACUUCUGGCGACAUCUCCUGGGCUUACCACGAGCCGGAGAAGCAGACCGAUUUCGGAUACCGAGCCAUGCACGAGUCUGUGGUGCUUGCUAAGAGGCUGGCAAAGGCUUAUUAUGACUGUGAGAUGAAGUACUCGUACUACUCGGGCUGCAGCACGGGUGGACGUCAAGGGUUGAAGGAGGUGCAGAUGUUCCCUGAAGAUUUUGAUGGAUUGCUUGCCGGCGCCCCUGCAUGGUGGACGAGUCACCUCCAGCUUUGGACAAUCAAGGCCGGCCUGUACAAUCUACCGACGACAGCGGAACACCACAUACCUCCCAGCCUAUUCCCAGCGGUAGAGAAGGAGGUCCUGCGGCAGUGUGACGCUCAAGAUGGACUCAAAGAUGGCAUCAUCUCGGAUCCCGCCCGUUGCGACUUUUUCGCUGAAGCACUUCUUUGUGGUCCAGACAUCAAGAAUGGAACGAAAGCUGGCUGCUUGACGCCGGCGCAAAUCUCUACACUCUACAACAUCCAAAACAACUACGUUGACGCCAACCAGACGUUCGUCUUCCCACAUCUAGAGCUGGGCAGCGAGUCGCAGUGGGACGUCCUGCUUGGCCUGCCUGAGCCAAGCCCGCUAGGCUAUGAGUAUCCGCAGUACAUGCUUGGGUUCGGGGCCAACUGGAGCUUCUACGACUUCAACUACUCCGUCGUUCAAGAUGCAGACCGUCUUGACCCGGGGAACUGCAAUGCGGAUGACUUUGAUCUCAGCCCGUUCGCGAAGAAGGGCGGGAAACUGCUCACGUACCAAGGAUACGCCGAUGGCUUAAUCCCAAGCGGCAGCUCAAUCGUCUUCUACAAGGAGGUGCUGAAGACCUUGAAGCCGAAAGGAGUAAAGGUGGACCCUUUCUUUCGUCAUUUUAUGGUCCCCGGCAUGCAGCAUUGUACUGGUACUCCACCGGACGUCAAUGCACCUUGGUAUUUUGCAGGAGCAAAUCAAGCUGGUACCUUGACUCCUCCGGGCAGCGUCCACUCAGUCCCCGGCUUCCAAGACCCCCAGCACGACGCUCUGCUCGCGGUCAUGCAGUGGACGGAGCACGGGAUUGCGCCGGACAGUAUCGUGGCCACGAAAUGGAGGAACGAUACGCUGUAUGACGAGGUGUGGAAACAGCGGAAGAUCUGCCCUUAUCCAAAGCAAGCAAGGUAUAAAGGCAGCGGCGACACGGAUCUUUCCGAAAAUUGGUCCUGUGAACCGCUGUACUAG